AUGUCUUCGGCUGUCCUGCAUGCCGCACCGCAAAACUCGACAGCUGCCGCCGCUGCCCUGAACACGCCGACUGGCAUUCCGGGCUCGCCCUCGAGCCGUCACCACUACCAGCCCUCGCAGCACUCGUCGCCUUCACGCGAAGGCUAUCAUGCGAACUUGCAGCAGCCUUCCUCCAACGUUGCCACCCAACGCUCCUCUCGCCGCCCAAGCUCUCACGACCACCAGAACCAACAUCAGCCGCAAGAACACAGCCCACCAAUUGCGUCACAGUCAAACUCUCCAAUGAGUUCGAGAGCCGCAAUUGCGUCCCCGGUGGCAGUCGCCCCGGCUGGCGCCCCCGAAUACUACCAGCCUACCUCUUCUGACCGGAGGAGACACCACGCGCCAAUUGCACCCCCAAGGACCUCGUCUAGUCACCAGACUUCGGCUCCCGUGAACGGUGCCCAGACAUCGCGCCGGCCGGUCUCCGCCAGUCAUCAACCACAAAACUCGUCAUCACGACGCGCACCAGACCACCACGGCAGCAGUGCGGACCAGCAGACCGACCAAUCGUCGAGUUCGCGUAGGAGGGAUCGCCACCACGCGCCAGCGACCGGUGACUACCCUCCGCAGCGUCAGGGUAGCACACGCGACCCUCGGACAGCGACGACAACGACAAUGCCGAUCCGAACAAACACGGGUGGGUCGGCCACUGCUUCGUCGUCGAAACAACCGUCAAGGGAGGCCAGCGAGAUUUUGAACAGCAUGCUGGUCUCGCAGCCGGAGGUGGACAUUGAGCGGGAAAAGGAGCGCCUAGCCUUGGCCCAGCCAACGUCUUCGGCUCACGAUGCCAGUGAGGUCGCUUCCCCGCCUGUGGUUCCUACACAAAGGAGCCGACAGGACCACUCGAGCAAACGCGAAAAGCACACCAAGUUUGGCGAGUAUAUCCUAGGAAACACCAUAGGAGAGGGUGAGUUCGGCAAGGUCAAGCUGGGCUGGAAGUCAGAAGGCGGAGUGCAGGUUGCAAUCAAGCUCAUUAAGAAGGAUGCACUCGGCAGCAACCCCAACAGGAUGCAAAAGAUCAUGCGAGAGGUUUCUAUUCUAAAACAACUAACACAUCCCAACAUCGUUCGUCUUCACAAGAUGGAGGAGUCCGAGAGGCAUUUCGGUAUAAUUCUCGAGUAUGCCUCAGGUGGCGAACUGUUUGACUACAUUCUCAACAACCGCUACUUGAAAGACAACGCUGCACGUCGUUUAUUUGCGCAGCUCGUAUCCGGUGUCGGCUAUCUGCAUAAGAAGGGCAUUGUACAUCGCGACCUCAAGUUGGAGAAUCUCCUCCUUGACCGCAACCGAAAUAUUAUCAUUACAGACUUCGGCUUCGCCAACACGUUUGACCCCGCUUUGGAGUUGACCGAGGAGGAAGAGGCCGGGCUUUCCAACCGCGAGUUUGUCAAGCGUCUAGGGCUGGACAAGAUAGGUGCCAACGGCUCCAGGAAAGGCGAUCUGAUGCAGACGAGCUGUGGCAGCCCUUGCUACGCUGCCCCAGAACUGGUGGUCAGUGACUCCCUCUACACCGGCCGCAAGGUCGAUGUCUGGAGUUGUGGAGUCAUCUUGUACGCCAUGCUUGCCGGAUACCUUCCCUUCGACGACGAUCCUGCCAACCCCGAGGGCGACAAUAUCAACCUUCUCUACAAAUACAUUGUCAGCACACCAUUAACAUUCCCCGAAUACGUCACACCGCAUGCCAAAGAUUUGCUCAGGCGCAUAUUGGUCCCCGAUCCCCGUCGUCGAGCCGACUUGUUUGAGGUGGCCAGGCACAGUUGGCUGAGUGAGUAUGCCCAUGUUGUUGAGUUCAUCACCAGCAGCACAACGACGCACACCGAGAUCCAAAAUACCACGGUACCGGCCGAGGACAGCGAGAACCCGAACUUGGCGCGUAGUGCGUCAGUCAGAGAGGCCUCGAGGAGGACGCCCGUUUCACCUACAAUUGGCGGCUUGGCCUCGAAGCAGGGUGGUAUCGACCAGGAAACCGAGUACGCAGCGCGACAACAAAAGGACAACAAGAGAAGGACCGUGCAGGUUGAGUAUGUGGCACCUACGACACAGACUCAGAGAGGCGAGCCUGCCCAGCAGCAGGCUACUUCUGGCAAGACUCGGGCACGAUCAGGCAGCGAGGGACCCGUCGAGGUCGACCCCAGGUUGUCAAGCGACAAGCCGCUACCCAGGGAUCCGCCGGUUUCCAAGGAAUCAUACUCCAAGCCGUCAGUCCGCGGCGAUCCUCGGAAACCACCAAGCAGCCACCGCAACCAGCCUUCCAUCUCACGACCCCCGCAGAGUGGACGUGUUCCUUCUGAUUCUUACGUGACCACUAUGGCUCCAGGAAGCAGACCGGGUACCAGCGGAUCUAUGAACACGGCAGGAGCGCGGCCCGUCGCAGGAGCCAGUCGGUCGUCAUAUGGGCAGCCGCUACCACCAACGGUGGCUGGCACAAAUGUGCACGGCAGAAUACAGCAACCGACGGACCAGCAGUCCGAGUUUGGUCGGCCUAGCGCGGGCGGUGUUCCGUCCAAGUUUGCGCAUGUUCCAGGUGUCGCUGGCCAUGACCAGCCGGACAGCCGCGAGGGAAGUGCAAAGGGUCAUCGGCGGUCUAACACUCUGGGCGAGAUUACGGGCAAGAUGUUUGGGCGCAGUGGGAGCAUCUUUGGUAAUAAGAACCGCAAGAGCUCCAAGGUGGACCAGCCGCAGACGCCUACGGAGGCCAAGAACAGGGAUAGCAGAAAGUACCCGCCAGUCAGCAUGUCGGCAGCACCGAAUCCCAACGGCGAAUACGAGCCACGGAAGAGCGUCGACUCCAAGCGGUCACGGCGAUCUUUCUCAUUUGGACUCGGGCCGAGGAAGAAGAGUGGCAGCAUCCACAAUGGCUCACAGACGUCGGUUGAUAAGCAAAACAAGCGGUUUUCGUUCAUCCCUGGCUCGAUCAGUCUCAAGGCAAUUGGUAUUGGCAAGGAGACCCCGCCAGGAUCGACGCAGGGCGGGGGUAACGACAGCCAGGUGGACCUCGGCUACCAGCAGGAACACCUGCGAGAACCAUACCGACCUGAUAGCCAGCAGCAGCAUCAGCGGCAGCAAAGUCACUAUGUGGACCAGCGGGUUAACGAACAGGACCUUGAGGCAGCCGGAAUGGACGGCAUGUACGCGCAGCUACACAGCCCCAGCGCUCCAACCUUUUCGACACAGCAGCCGCACCAGCAACAGCAGCAGCAGCAUUACCCAGCGCACUACACCAGCGGGCAGUACGGGGACAGGCAGAUGGCCACGGCAGUACCGGGCUACAUGCAGUCGGGCGCACACCUGCAGACGUCGGAGUCGGAAUCUUCAGUCAACAUGCUCAGCCCCGAACAGCAGCAGUUUCAAGCACACGGGCUACGAUCGGUCUCGGUUGACCACCACCAGAAGCUCAUGGAGGCGCAGGGUGGACUGGGACCGGCGGGUAGGACAGGCAGCAGCGUAGGCGCGGACGGGAGACAGGCACGCGUGCUGCAGAAGAACAAGCGGUUCGUCGACGCCUACGACACUGAUCAUUCAGGCGGUGCCGACCAUGCUGGCAGCAGUGGUGCAGCAAGAAGAGUGAUGGACUUUUUCAGGCGAAGAGGGAAAGCCAGAGGUGGCGACGACAGGUGA